AUGAGAAGUGUUAGAAGUCUGGGUUUGCAACGAAUAAAUGACGAAAUAGAAAGAAAUGACAGACUCAGAUUCUAUAAUGAAGCUGCUCGUGAUGAUAAAAUUGCAAGAAUUAGACAAAACUUCAUUGAUGAUUCUACAAGACAUUACAACGCAAAAGAAACUGCCAGGCGUGUUAUUGCAAGAAGAGAAGAAGCAGAAAAGGAUUUAGAAAGGAGACGUGAUUUACUUGCUGAAUUAUUGCAAAGAGAUGAAGAAAUGUAUAUCGAUGAAAUUCAACGCAAAUUCGAAACACCGAUGGAGCAUCGUGCUAGAUUACAACAAAAAUUAAAUCAAAUUCGUGCUAAAAACGAAUCUCAAAGACAACAAGAAGUACAACGAAAAUUAGAUCAGCAGUGGAUUGAAAAUUGCGAUCCUUUACGUGCUAGAAUUUCACAAGAAAUAGUCAAAAAAGUUGCCCAGGAUCGUCAGGAGCAAAUCAAAGAAAAAGAAGGUCAUAAAUUUGAUUACUUGCGUGAAGAAGAUCAAUAUGCAGAAGAUGUUAGACGUGGUGUACAAGAAGAUCAAGAAAGGAGGAGACGUGAAUAUGAAGAAUUCCGAAAUAGACAGCAGGAAAACAAACAAACCUGGACUUCUCAAAUGAAACAAAGGAAUGAUGAUGUUUUACGUCAAAAACGCGAAGAUGAAGAAGAAGGACUUCGUUUUCGUCGUCAAAAUGAAGAAGAUAUUGCUAAUGCUCGUCGUCAGGCUGAAGAAAAAGCUCGACAACAAGAAGAAAGAAGAAGAGAUCUUGACAGACUGAAUUCUCAGCAAAUGGCAUAUAGAGCUGCAGAAAGACGUCGUGAUGAAGAUCUAGAUCGUAAAUACCUGUAUAUGGCACAAGAAGAAUUACGUAAGGAACAAGAAGAUAACUUAGUUAGAAAACUUGCAGCUCAAAAGAAGAUGGAAGAGGAGAAGAGAUUAUAUUUAAUGCAACUUAAUAAGAAGAAAGAAGAAGAUAAUCGCGCAGAAAUGUACAUAAGACGUGCACAGUACGAGCAGCAGGCAAAGGAAGAUGCCGAGCGACAAAGAAUGGAAGAGAAGAGAAGGAACUUACAGUUAGAUGCUAGAUCUUAUCAGGUUUGGCAAAUGGAAGAUUUAGAAAGAAGGAAAGAAGAUCAAAAGAGAAAUAAGUAUUUCGAGAAAAGACAAAAUGAAAUCGAAACACAAAGAGCUUUGCAAUUACAAAGAGAGGAAGAGGAUGAGAGAAGAAUGAAAAUACAAUUACAAGCUCAAAUGCUUAGAAAUCAAUCAAAUCUCAAAGCUAGAAAUGAUGAGCUCAUGAGAAGAAGAGAAAGGGAAGAAGCAGAAGAAACUGUUAGAAGAUGGAAGGAAGAAGAAAGGAGAAUCGAAGAAGUAAUGAGAAAUCCUCAACAGUAUGUUUUUCAAGGUAGGUAUAAGGGAUUUAAAUAA